CUUUACAGUAUUGACGAGUUUAAAAUAUCCACAACAACAUGCCUCUUGUUCAUCAUCUAUACCUAAACAUUUCAUUUCUUUCAGGCUCUACUCCAGCGAGUAACUGUAACCUGUGUGGAGCCACAACAACUCUGUUUUGCCCGUCUUGUGACAAUCAAUCUUUCUGCGAUGCGUGCGAUGGCCUCUUUCACCGCCACCCUCCCAGAGCCAAUCACAAGAGAGACAAAAUACAGAAAACCAGACAGGAGGCCUGCACCAUCUGUGGGUCUUCUGCUCACGCUGCGUGCUCCACCUGCGACCAGAGGCUGUGUGAGAACUGUGACAAGCUGUUCCACUCUCACCCCGACCGCAUAGGACAUCACAGAAGUAUUAUUACACCAUCUAAAACAUCCAGUCCCUCUCUGUCCCCUUGGGAGUGUUCUCACUGCACCACAGUGAACGAGAUGCGAGCCGUGCUCUGCUCCACCUGCGAGCGCCCGCGCCUCUCUACAGCUGCAUCCAUCGCUCUGGAGAGCCCCAUGUUGGUCCCUACCUCUCCCAGCACAGAUUGGCAGUGUAAGAGCUGCACAGUUGUGAAUCAGGGCAGCAGCAUCCUGUGUGAGGUGUGUGAGCGCCCCCGUCUGGCCACUCGCCCGCCUGCCGCCUCACUUCUGUCCAGCCUAGGGUCUCUGUUCAGCCCAGCGUCUCUGGCCAGCCCAGCGUCUCUGGCCAGCCCAGCGUCUCUGGCCGAGUCUGGGACAAAGUCUGUUUCACAGUGGAUGUGCGAGUUCUGCACCUACGUCAACACACAUCCCGUGGUGGUGUGUGAGAUGUGCAACCUGUCAGGUAAAGACUCAGCCCAGCCGGCUGCGUCCAGCCCCAAAGAAAAACCCCAGGUGGGAGUAAAGCCUCAACCCAAGCCCAGAGUCAACCUGGAUGCCAAAAGACAGAAGAUGAUGAGAGACGACGGCCUCUAUCUCCUCAAGCAGAUCAGAGAAGCAGAAAAGCGCGACAUCAGUGCUGAGGAGGUGUACGCAGCCAUCGGCCUGUGCGGCGGCAGCAACACCAACCCCUGUGAUUGGCUGACGUCAGAGCUGCCUCACCUGCUCGACCAAAUCUGCGCCAUGGCUGCUUCCGUUCAGCAACCCGCGGAGAAGAAAGUGGGUGAGGAGGAGCAGCAGGAGGAGCAGGAGGAGCACGGCGGGCAGAGCGUCGCAGGAGAAGGUGUGAAGCUGUCCAGAGCCGAGGCCAAGCUGGCCUGGCUGUCUGCAGGAGGAGACAUAGACAAGGCUGUGAGACAGCUGCUGAGGGACAGACGAGCCAAGGUGGGAAUAUUAAAAAUGACUCUUAAACACAGUAUAUUCAAAAGAUGUGUUCCUGCUGGAGGAUGA